CCUGAAGCAAUUGACGCCAUUUGUGUACCCGUCUUUAGACGAUCCGCAUCUCCCGAGUACAGACCUCGGCGAUACUCUCUGACCCAUGUGGCCCAACUUAGGCUUGUGAUAGACAUUGCGUCCACAAGCCGCCACACGCGGCCUCAACGAUUGAUGAAGCUUGCUAAAUCUCCGUUGAUGAUAUCGGCAGUGCGUCCCGCAAGACCUCGUGCCUUGGCAGUCUUCGUGCACACACUUUCUUCCAAGGAGCACGAGAGCAGCGAGAGUGAAACACAAUCUCAACAGCAUGCCUUCGCUUCCUCGUUCUUACACUUUACCAACAAGCUUCAAUAUGCCUUCUAAGAAAGACAGCAUCUUGGAUGCAGGUAAUUGGGACGAGAUCAAGCAAGAUGUCCCACCUCUUUCUCCAAUCCGACGCGGGCGAUCGAAGACCUGGUUUCUGGAUAUCUUCAGACCAUUGUGUAUGAGCAAGACGGGCGAUCCGGUCAAGAAAGCAAGGAGAACAGCUUAUCUUGACGGUCUUCGAGGAUUUGCAGCUUUCAUGGUCUAUUGGCACCAUCACCAACUCUGGGCUCAUCAAACAAACAAGACCGAUGAAGUUCUUCAGCAUGGAUUUGGAUACAACAAUGAGCAUCACUUUGCAAGCAUUUCAGGCAUUCGUACAUUAUUCUCCGGUGGCCAUUUCGCUGUCUCGAUCUUCUUUGUCGUUUCAGGAUACGUCCUCUCCGCGAAACCGCUAUCUCUCAUUCAGUCUGCUGAGCACAGCAAGCUUGGAGAUAAUCUAUCUUCGGCUCUAUUUAGACGAUGGCUACGACUUUACAUUCCAGUUAUUGCAACGACGUUUUUGUACAUGACUUCCUGGCAUCUCUUUGGACUCUGGACCGAUUCAGAACACAAAGGUACCUAUGGAGAAGAAGUCUGGAAUUGGUAUGCCGAGUUCAAGAACUUUAGCUUUAUCUUUACAGGCGGCGGAGAACCUUGGCUGAGUUACAACUUCCACGUUUGGUCCAUUCCCGCCGAGUUCAGAGGUUCAAUUGUCAUCUUUACAGCACUUCUAUCUUUCUCGAGAGCUACCAGGAAUGCUAGAUUGUGGUGUGAAGCAGGACUUAUCUUUUAUUUCAUGUACAUUGUGGAUGGAGCUUUCUGCGCCAUGUUCUGUGCUGGAAUGCUGAUCUGCGACCUCGAUCUUCUUGCCGACAGAAACAAGAUCCCAGAAAUGUUCACGCGUUUCGAGCAAUUCAAAGAACUUAUUUUCGUCAAUUUGUUUGUUGUCGGGAUCUACCUUGGCGGCAUUCCCAAUCAUGACGGAAAGUUGGAUGAGCUGAAGAAGGAGAAGGGAUGGUACUACUUAUCAUUCUUGAAGCCACAAGCUGUCUUCGAUUACAAGUGGUUCUACCUUUUCUUCGCAGCUACGUUCAUUGUGGGCUCGAUAUCACGGAUACCUCUGAUCAAGAGCUUUUUCGAGAUGCGAUUCAAUCAGUAUCUUGGUCGCAUCUCGUUCUCUCUUUACCUCGUUCACGGACCUGUCCUGUGGACCCUGGGUGAUCGACUUUACGCUGCUACGGGCUGGUUCAGAGACGUCCAUCAAGGUGGAAUACCGAAUUGGGUCAAUGCUUUGCCAAUGAGUAAAGCAGGACCUCUGGGCAUGGAAGUGGGUUUUCUGGUACCACACUUGAUUCUUCUGCCAGUUACUUUCUGGCUUGCAGAGCUCGUCACCAAGCUCUUCGACGAACCCAGCGUCACAUUCUCACAAUGGCUGUACGGAAGGACUUUGCGAGGUUCAAAAUUGUAGAGUUGUGUUUGAUUACCUAGACAUAGAAAGAACAUAGAUUAUCGCAAUCAAAACGUGCA